AUGGCGGACCAACCCUCGACCCAGGCACAAGGGCAGCCGAGCAGCCAGCCGCAGCCGGCAAAGACCGCCGCGGCCUUGGCUGCAACGCAAUCGCCUGCGAAGCACAUCAGCUCCUCGAUCCCCGUCGGCUUGAACGAGGCCGCCCUUGACUCGCCUUCCUUUCGUGCCGCCUCGGCGCACUUUGGAGACCAGACCGAGGCUGUAGAGCGGUGGCUUGAUGCCUACGUCAAGAGCGCGUCUAGGCUGGUACUGGAUGCCACCUCGCUCGAGGAAACUAUCAACAACUACAUAUCCAAAACGUCGCCCGCUCCCGCCGUGGCGGAUGGUGUCAUCGAUACGGACUUUACACUUCUCGCCCUCAAGCGGGCCGGCGACCUGGCACGCGAGCGAUGGUCCCAAUUCUUGGCCUCGACGCGCCGCAUCGAGACGCUCUCGGUCGAGCCUAUCCGCAAUUUCAUGUCGGGCGAGCUGAGGGUGUUCAGGGACGCCCGUAGACAGCUAGACCAGGCCCAGCGCAGCUUCGAUACCGCCCUUGCCCGCUACAUGGCGCAGUCCAAGAUCAAGGAGCCCUCGGCCCUCCGCGAGGAUGCCUUUGCCCUCUACGAAACCCGCAAGUCCUACCUCAAGUCGUCCAUGGAUUACUGCCAACUCGCUCCCCAAGUGCGCUACAGCCUCGACAAGCUGCUGGUCCGCGUUAGCGCUGAUAUCUGGCGUGAGAUGAUGCGUUCCAGUGACCCUGCCACCUCGUCGGCCAAAUGGGCCGAUGAGAUGGAUCGCAUACGUGGCUGGGCCAAGGAGCUCGAGUCGUCCGAAGCCGUGCUCAAACGUGAACUGCAGGCCGCCCGCCGAAGCAUAGGCGAGACCACCUUGGCCAGCGUCAAGCCAUCGCGUGAGCUCGAUGACUAUAGCGCCUCGACAGUGCCGUUCCUAGGAUCCCGCGGUCCUCUCAACCUGCGCACCGGCGAUCAGGCUUGUGUCAUCUCGGAGAAGCAGGGCUGGCUCUUCCUACGAACCAUCUCCGGGAAGCCCGCCAAGGUGAACUGGGUCCGCCGCUGGUACUACUGCCGCGAUGGCAUCUUCGGCUGGCUCGUAGCAGGACCAUCGGGUGUGCUCCAGGGCGAUGAGAUAGGUGUUCUGCUCUGCAGUGCCAAACCCGCGGUCCAGGAAGAGCGCCGUUUCUGCUUCGAGGUGAAAACAAAGAGCCAGACCCUGGUCCUACAGGCCGAGACUCAGGCCCAGCUCAUCGAGUGGCUCGAGGUAUUCGAGGUUGCCAAGAAACAGGCGUUCGAGGCAAGCCUGGGACGUGAUAACGCACAAUUCCCUGGCGGCAUUGAUCCUGCCUUCGCCAUUACUCCGCCGUCCGUUCCAGAGUUCUCGGCAAGGUCGCUCGACACACAAGUUGUUGUUGGCCUCGGGUUGGAUGAUGGCAGCAGCGCCAGCGCCGCCGGCGCCCCCCUGGAACGGACAGCCACGAUGGGGGUUCCUGGCUCGGACACUAUACCGUCUCGCCCCAGUUCUGAUGUUGGAAACCUCCCCCCUCCACGUCGUGCAAUAACGGCCUUGGGCCGAGAAGAAGGCGAAAGCAACCGGGAUCAUGCCACUCGCCUCAUGCGGAAGGCGCUUUACAACGCCGAGGCGGGUACCCCGGGAUCUGGUACCAUCGCCGGCCUGAUUUCAGCCAGUCACAACCUGGUCCCCGCAACCUAUGCCGUUGCCCCUCCGCAGCUGAGCAUAGGGUCGCUCCGGCCCGGUCAGUCCAUGGGUAAUGUGGUGGGCCGUCCUCGACCGGGGGGUCUAGCCCCGUUUACCUUUGCGAGGCCACCCUCGGCCACUGCUCUCAGCAAGAACGCAGUGCUGGUGAGCGGCGACAUGGGCAUGGGGACGGACCGCAGCCAGGCCAUGCCGACUGCGCUCAUGGCCAACUAUUGGGGAAGCAACUCCUGGGGGGCCAUGUAUUCAACCCCUGCCGAGACGCCCAUGCCCAAAACGCCCAUCGACGAAGAUCCAUUCGGGCCGCCUAUUUCGGUGCAAAGUCCGUCGGGGAACGUGACAUCCCCUAAAUUCCCUACUGGGUCGCUUCACAGGAAACCCCUCAGCGCAGAUGUUUCAACUCACUCGACACCUGCCGUUGUUGCCCAGGACGGCCCCGAAACAUUCCCUAAAACCUACCCGGCAGAGCUAAAACCGCACCACUCGCAGUUCAGGCUACUUUUCCCGAACGUGCCCGUCGAGGAGAAGCUCGUCUUGGUGUUUAACGCCGGUUGGUCCAGCUCGUCCGAGGACGGGACAAGCAACCAGAGCCUCGUCGGCGGUGGCCGAAUCUACGUCACGCCCGAUAACAUGUAUUUCUAUGGCUUCCAGAUGGGCCUGAUCACGGCCUACAAGGUCAGGCUUGACAUCAUCUCCGAGGUGACUGCCGCUCCAGGGAGGGAGUGCGACUUCAUCUUUCUCCACCUUGGCCACAACAUGAACGACACAGGGUUCACGAGGAUCACCAUCAAGGUGUUCCUGGAGAGUCUAACGUUGCUGCAUGCCCGGCUCAAUCUUUUAAUCGAUGACCUGCAGGCGGAGGAGCCCAUGGACAUCACAGGCCUGAUCCAGGCGCUCGUUAACCUCGAGAAGGAGGAUCUGCGUAGCAGGAGUCCCAGUGUAGAGAGCUGGGAGGAAGUACCAUCCAGUACACCUGCUGAUGACGGUACGCCAUCUGGCAGGGCUACUCACGACAGGAUGAUUGGCAGGCGUGCCGAGAAGCAGUUACAGGGCUCUGCAGGCAAGCUCCAGCUGCCCGCGCAUCCUGUAAUCUAUGAGCCUGAAGACAUGCAACAGAUGGUGGCAGAACGACACUUCGAGAUCAGCGCCAAGGCCUGCUUUCACGUGCUGUUUGGUGACAAGUCGUUCAUCUUCCCCAAGCUGUAUUUCGAGAGGCGGGCUAAGGAGAUUGCACAGGGGCCAUGGGAGCUGGCGGAUCACGGAAAGAUGAAGCGACACUUCCGGUUCAAAGUGGAGUGUCGGGACAUGCUGGGACGACGCAAGCCGGCCCAGGUCGAGGACACGCAGACGAUCGAGGUGUUCAGCGACCACGUUACGUACGUGGUCAAGCACGUCAAAACGCCAUGGCAUCUGCCUCACUCGGGAGCGUUCAAGCUGGUGACCAAGGUGGUAAUUACGCACCUGGCCAAGUCCAAGUGCAAGCUCGCCAUCUGGACCAAGGUGGACUGGUCUAAGACGCCGGCCUUCUCCAAGAACAUGGUGGAGCGGCAGGCGUCGGACGAUGCGGUGCGGGACGCAGAGGAGCUGGCCGAGGUGGCGACAGACCAGGUGCGCAGGCUGGGUCCACACAGCCGGACGAAGCGGGCGAUCCAGGUGUACGGCCAUAUCGGGCAGCAGACUCAGGUGGUCGUCUUCACGCCCGGCGAGGCGGGCUCCACCAAGAAGCCGCAGAUCAAGCCGCGGACACUGACCAACAUGAUCUUUGAGGUGCUCCGGUCGUUCAUGGAGAGCGUCGCGUCGAGCUUGAUGAUGUGGACCUUUGCGGGCUUCAAGAAGCUCUUCAGCAUCUUCUCGGCCAACCGCAUCAUCCUGGCGGUGCUGGCGGCCAGCGUCAUGACCAACGUCGUGUUCACCUCCAAGGAGAGCUCGACAUGGUGGGCAGAGCGCAAAGCAGCCAAGUUUAUGAACCGCAUCGGCGUCGGGCCCAAUGUCAUGAUGAGCAAGGCCAUUUACGUGGCAGACUUGGACCAGGCGACCGAGAGCUCGCUCGUGGCCAUCACCUCGAAACCGCCAGCUAGCGCAUGCUAUGAUAUGUUCCGUGGCAUUAUGAACUCAACGGAUAUGGACCUCCCGUAUCACAACGCAGGGUCAAACAUGCUCUCAGGGACUAGCAAAGCGGCAGCCCGACGUCUCCGGCGCACGAGGCAAAGGCUCGGCUCGUACCGGCACGAUCUAGUCGUUGCGAUGCGGGUCGUAAACAGUAUUGAGCGUGAGCUGAUACAGUCCGAGUGGGAGAACUGGCUGCUGGACGAGAAUCUGCGAUGCGAGCAGGUCAAGGUGAUGCUCGCAGGCAAUGGCGAGACGGGCAAAUCCCCAGACAAGGGAAAAGGCGGCAUUUUUGGCGACAGCAGCAAUGGCGACGGGGCACAGAAGGUGAUGCGGCCGAUCGACGAGCAGAGGAUCUCGGCGCUCAGGGUGUGGCAUGGCGACUAUUGCGGCAGCUGCCGUGCCGAUCAGGACUCCAUCCUCAAAAUGAGGGGGAGCCCCGAGGUUUUCGAGUAG